UUAGUGUAAAAUUCAUGAUAUACCUCACCUACCCCUCAGCAUGAAUCUUAGGUUUUUUAUCCAAGCAUACCGAAAAAAUCCCUAAUCUUUCUCACCUCAACCCCAUAACACCACCCAUCUACGCAUAGCAACUACCGUCGACCACUACCACAGUGGUAUCGCAACCACUGUCAACUACACCACCAUCGUACACUCAAUACCAUCUACAUAUCUCCUCACAUCGGUCGAAUCUCUCCCCGUCUCUCUGUUCCUCUCUCUAUCGCUGCUCUAUUUGAAAUGGGUUGGAAAGCUGCUCAGAAACUCAUUCAACACUGGAAGAUUCUCAGAGGAGAUAAUGUGAUGAUAAUGAGGGGUAAAGAUAAAGGCGAGUCUGGUGUUAUCAAGCGUGUCAUUCGCUCGCAAAAUCGUGUUAUUGUUGAGGGUAAAAAUUUGGUGAAGAAACAUAUCAAGCAAGGGCAAGGUCAUGAAGGUGGGAUUUUUACAAUUGAGGCCCCACUUCAUGUCUCAAAUGUUCAGGUUCUGGACCCAGCCACGGGGAAGCCUUGUAAAAUUGGAACCAAGCGCCUAGAAGAUGGUAGCAAAGUAAGAAUUUCUCGCGGUAUGGGAGCAUCAGGGUCCAUAAUCCCUCGCCCUGAGAUCCUAAAAAUAAGGACCACACCAAGGCCGACAAUUGCUGGACCCAAGGAUACUCCAAUGGAUCUUGUAUUGGAGAAGACAUACGAUGCUAAAACUGGGAAGGGAAUGCCAAGUCUUUAAUCAACCGUUUCUUUGUUUAGUUUCAUUUUAUACAGUUUGAGUACCAGGCAGUUGUUUUAUGCAGGCUGAAUUAUUGAGAUUUUCGCAUUCCAAAAAUUUGUUUCCUUUCCUUCUUGCCCGACCAAUAACAACAAACUUUUGGAUUGUAAAAGUCCAGACAAAUGUUGAACUUUGUUCUUGAACGGUGAGUAGGAUUUUCUGAUUA